UUUCGGACCUUCCGGUGGACCGCAGUCUUCCAUCGACCAUCGCCAUCUUUCUUAAUUCUCAAUUAACGAUCUGAAAACCCCACCCAAACCUAAACUCUCCAGUCAAACACAAUAAACCCAGUUUAAUUAUCACUAACAAUUCCAUUACCAACACUAACCUACAACAGCUUACGAAUUUCCAUGCAAUUACAAGUCAGAAAAAGAAAUUCGGAAAAUUCCAAGUCAAUGUCUCUCUCCAGCUCAACUCUGUACAAAACCUCUCCCACAGCGUAAUUCUCUCUCGGAAACCACAGCUUCUGAAAUGGUUCGCUUUGUAUUCUCCCCCUCUGUGCUAUCGCUUUUCCUUCUGCUUUUGCGAAUCGCUGUUGCGGAAGAUGAUGUCGGGUGCUUGAAAGGUGUGAGGAGCUCGUUGAAGGAUCCGGGCUCCAACUUGGGCCUAUGGAAUUUCGACAACACGACGGUCGGCUUCAUCUGCAAUUUUGCCGGCGUGACUUGCUGGAAUGAUCGAGAGAACCGCGUGUUCCGCUUGGAUCUCCGGGAGUUCAACCUCAGCGGUGAAUUCCCGGAGGCCUUGCAGUACUGCCGCAACUUGCAAACCCUGGAUCUCUCCGGUAAUGAACUCUCUGGUACCAUACCUCCUCAAAUUUGCCGUUGGUUGCCUUAUUUAGUAACCCUAGACUUGUCCAACAAUCAUUUAACCGGGGAAAUUCCCCCGGGUCUCGGUGAUUGCUCGUAUUUGAAUAACUUGAUGCUUAAUGAUAAUAAGUUUUCUGGAAAUAUUCCCGCCCAGCUUUCUAGUUUGAGUAGGCUCAAGAAGUUUUCGGUGGCCAAUAAUGAUCUUUCGGGCAGGCUUCCUUCCUUUUUCGGGGCUAUGGAUAACCCUGGAUUUGACUUUGGUGGGAAUAAUCUUUGUGGUGGUCCGGCAGGGAAAUGUGGGGGAUUAAGUAAGAAAAAUUUGGCCAUUAUCAUAGCUGCUGGAGUGUUUGGGGCUGCUGCAUCGAUGUUGUUAGGAUUCGGGAUGUGGUAUUGGUGUUUUACAAAUUCUGGGAAGAAGAGAAAGGGAAGGUAUGGGGGAGGGAGGGAUGAUUCGGAUAGUUGGGCUGAGCGAUUGAGAGCUCACAAGCUUACUCAGGUUAUGUUGUUUCAGAAACCACUUAACAAGGUUAAGUUGGCAGAUUUGUUGAUUGCCACCAACAAUUUCAGUGCAGGGAGUAUCAUAAACUCAACCAGGAUCGGGACAACUUACAAAGCUGUUCUUCGUGAUGGUUCUGCACUUGCGACCAAACGGCUUAAUGCUUGCAAGUUGGGUGAGAAGCAGUUUCGGAUAGAGAUGUAUAGGUUAGGGGAGCUUAGACAUCCGAAUUUGGUGCCUCUUUUAGGCUUUUGUGUUGUAGAAGAAGAAAAACUGUUGGUCUAUAAACACCUAUCCAGUGGAACUCUGUUUUCACUGUUGCAUGGGAAUCCGAGUAUAUUGGAUUGGCCAACUAGGUUGAGGAUCGGUUUAGGUGCUAGCAGAGGACUUGCUUGGCUUCAUCAUGGUUGCCACCCACCAAUCUUGCACCAGUAUUUCAGUUCCCAUGUUAUUAUGUUGGAUGAGGAUUUCGAUGCUAGGAUAAUGGAUUUCGGAUUGGCAAGGCUUAUGGAUCUUUCGGAUGGAACCGAGACUAGUUAUGUGAAAGGUGAUCUAGGUGAAAUUGGAUAUGUAGCUCCGGAGUACUCAAGCACAAUGGUUCCUUCAACAAAAGGAGAUACUUAUAGUUUUGGAGUAGUGCUUUUAGAGUUGGCUACAGGGCAAAACCCUCUGGUUGUUGGAGCUGCUGAAGAAGGAUUUAAAGGGACUCUGGUGGACUGGGUAAAUCAGGUCUCUCGAUCAGGUCGCAUUAAAGAUGUCAUUGAUAAGAGCUUGUGUGGAAAGGGCCACGACGAAGAGAUUGUGCAAUUCCUAAAAAUUGCACGCAAUUGUGUAGUUUCUGGUGCCAAGGAUAGGUGGUCUAUGUAUCAGGUUUAUGAAGCAUUGAAGACUAUGGCUGCACAAAAAGGUUUCUCUGAAGAGGGGGAUGAUGAAUUUCCGUUAAUUUUCAACAAACAAGAUAGCAGAAGUCCUAUGUAACGACCCCCUCACGCAGCUUUACAUUUGGAAUAAGUUUUAAUACAGUGUUGGUACAGAUGUAAGGUGUUGUGAUAUCCUUUUCUACUCACUAUGGUUUAGGGAGAUACAUGCAUUAGUAAGGCUGUAUAAUAUAAGUGUAGGUUAUAAAUGAAACCAUAUUUAUGUUUGUUUAGAAUGAUUAGUAGUAUGUAGAUAUAUUCAUGGUGUUAUGGGUACUUGUAAUUAGUCUUUAUAUUAUAUAGCUUUUUGAAACA